UCUAACUCACAUUCGUUCGCCCGCUAGGGUUUAUAUACAACGUUUCUGUGACUCAAUUCAAACUAUAUAACAAAGGCAUCUUUUAUCAACUUUCUCGUAAUCCAAACAGAAAAAGAAAAGGAAAAUGCCUACAUACAGAUUACGUGGAAUCGAUGUUGAUUUUCCGUUCGAGGCGUACGAUUGCCAACUUGUUUACAUGGAGAAAGUUAUUGAAGCUCUCCAAAGGAAAUGUAAUGCACUUUUGGAGAGUCCAACUGGAACUGGGAAAACACUAUGUCUUCUAUGUGCCACAUUGGCUUGGAGGAAAAGUUUGGGUAGUUUUUCAACUGGUAGUACUAAAAUAAAGAGUGAUUUCUUCGGGAGCCAAUCUGGUGUAGGAUUUUCACAAUCUGAGGCCAGUAACCUUCCAACCAUUGUUUAUACCUCGCGAACUCAUAGCCAACUUCGGCAAGUUGUUCAAGAGUUGAGAAGAAGCAACUACAGGCCCAAGAUGGUAGUUUUGGGAUCUCGGGAGCAGUUGUGCAUACAUGAAGAAGUAAGUUUACUUAGAGGAAAAGCUCAGACAAAUGCCUGUCGUUCCCUUUGCAGAAAGGACCGGAAGCGCCGUUGCACUCAUUUUCCACGUGUUGCUGAUUAUAUGAAGAACAACUCUCAUAUUGGAGAUGAACCUAUUGAUAUAGAGGAUUUGGUGAAUAUUGGAAGAAAAUAUGGGCCGUGCCCUUAUUAUGUAUCACGAGAACUCCACAAGGCUGUUGAUAUUUUAUUUGCACCUUACAACUAUCUUAUAGAUCAUGAUUAUAGAAAAUCUCUUAGCCUCGAGUGGCACAACAGCAUACUGAUUUUUGAUGAAGCUCACAACCUUGAGAGCAUCUGUGCUGAUGCAGCCUCUUUUGACUUGUCUUCUGGGCUUUUGACGGCAUGUAUUUCUGAAGCGAAAAAUUGUGCUGAUCUGGCUGUCGGGAGGCAAGAAGAAUCAAAUGAUAAAUCAAGGAAUCCUGAUAACUUUGCAAUCCUUAGAGCUCUUCUUUUGAAACUUCAGAAGCGAAUUGCUGAAAUCCCCAUCGAAUCCAAGGAACUUGGAUUUACUAAGAAUGGGCAUUACAUUUAUGAACUACUUGCUGAUCUCAAUAUCACGCAUGAAACUGCUUCUACGCUUAUUGAUAUUAUUGAUGAUGCUAUUCUGCUGCUUGAGGAAAAUAAAAAGCAUGAUGCAAAGGGAACUGGAAGUAGGCUGGAAAGCAUUGGCAACAUUCUUAAAAGUAUAUUCAGAGACAAGGGCAAUAGUCAUGCUGAUAGUUAUCGUGUUCAUGUUCAAGAGGCUGAGGUGAAUGCUUCAGAUAUCUUCAAAGGUAAGUCAUCACGGACACUCGGCUGGUGGUGCUUCAAUCCAGGCAUUGCCAUGCAAACAUUCACCGAAAUGGGCGUUGGAUCUAUUUUAGUGACAUCGGGUACAUUAUCUCCCUUGGAUUCAUUUGCACAAGAAUUGAAAUUAGAUUUUCCUGUUCAGCUGGAAAAUCCUCAUGUAAUAUCCUCAAAUCAGAUAUGGGCUGGAGUUGUCUCACUUGGUCCUUCAGGUCGUCCCUUCAAUUCAUCUUUCAGGAAUCGUGAUUCUCCAGAAUACAAACAAGAACUCGGGAAUGCUAUUGUCAAUUUUUCUCGAAUUGUACCUGAUGGACUGCUUGUAUUCUUCCCUUCUUACUACCUUUUGGACCAGUGCAUUAGCUGUUGGAAGAACACUGGUAACACAAAUUCAAGUACAAUAUGGGAAAGAAUAUGCAAAUUUAAGAAACCCGUUAUUGAACCCAGACAAUCAUCCCUUUUUCCUCAGGCAAUUGAGGACUACAUGACUAAACUAAAGGACACCUCCAAUUCAGGUGCAGUAUUUUUUGCUGUUUGUCGUGGCAAGGUCAGUGAAGGAUUAGAUUUUGCUGACCAUGCUGGAAGGGCAGUGGUCAUCACUGGGAUGCCAUUUGCCACUAGGACAGACCCCAAGGUUCGUCUCAAACGUGAGUACUUGGACCUACAGGCACAAUCACCCAGGGAAGGAUGUAAGAUGCUUAAGUUGUUAACUGGAGACGAGUGGUACAACCAACAAGCGUCAAGAGCUGUAAAUCAGUCAGUCGGACGAGUCAUCCGUCACCGCCACGAUUAUGGAGCGAUUAUCUUUUGUGAUGAAAGGUUUGCUCAAUCAAGUCGUCAAUCUCAAAUAUCAGUUUGGAUACAACCUCAUAUUAAGUGUUACACCAAAUUUGGUGAUGCUGUUUUUACGCUGACUCGUUUCUUUCGAGAUGGAGGAACCCAUGUUCCUGCAAUGCCAGAACAAGCACUAGCAGACCACAAAAGCAUUGAUUUAAGUCCAUCUUCUACAGCAUCAGCUCCUGAUGAGGGGAUUAAGGAAUCUUCAUCAGGAAAAAGUGCGGAUAUAAAAGCAGAUCGGCCUCUGGAAAAAUCUUACCCAGGAAAACUCCCUGCUUCGUUUUUGCAGUCUACAUCAAUGGAUCUACCUCACUUCAAAGACAAACUAUCUUCUCUUUUAGUAGUUAAAAGCAGCAACAGCUCAAACCACCUCAGAGAUAUUCUUCCUGCGAAUCUUUCAUGUUUCACUCCUUGUAUGGAUUUGAAAAGGUUGAAGCGAUCAAGUGAUCCAAUGACCAAAGAGAAAAGGUUGCUAAUUAACGGGAAGGGGAAAAUGCAAUAUCCGAAUCAUGAUAUUAUUGGUUUGACUGGUGAUCUUUCUUUGGAGAAACAAGAAAGUAAACAGAAACAACUAGUGCCAUGUUCUAUGAAGAAACGCAAGGCUCUACUUAUAGAGCAUAAUGAAUUGCAGCAUGAUAAAAGUUCCACUGUUAAUGCAUCAGAUGCCCAAAGAUCAGUGCCGAGAGAUCUUCCUCCUACAGAUGCUAGAGCUGCUGCUGUGGAUGCUAAGUUUCUCAAGCAUAAAAACAAUGAUCUUCACGUAAGUGCUGAACAAUGUGGUGCCAAGGAAUCAAAAGGUUCCGCUUUUCUGAUUCAGGUGAAAGAGAAACUUAGUCCAGCAGAAUACAUACAGUUUGUGGGUUACAUGAAGGAAAUGAAGUCCACAGUGAUAAAGAUUGAUAAUCUUUUACAACGUAUUGUGGGAUUAUUUUCAGGACCUGAGAGGCUUCCUCUUCUUGAAAGAUUCAAGGAUUACGUGCCUGCGAGAUAUCGUUCUUUGUAUGAGCAGUACCUCAAAACAAAAGAAAUGACUGGCAAUCAGAGGAACUAAACUUAUCUUGUCGGAACAGUUACACAAGGGAAGCCAUUCGCCAAUUUGAUGCUCGGUUAGGGGUCGUAGUGAAAGCUUGAGACUUUCGGGAUUAUAUUUCCUAGAUCAAUGAUCUUGGAGUAGUAUCAGAAAGGAGAAGAAUCAUAUAACCGCAAAUGUCAUGCCAACCAUCGGUAACUUUUGGAUGCGUAGCUAAGUUGAACAUUCCCGUAUAGAGGAAAGAAACUUUCGGAAACUUUCAGGCAAUCUUCCCCUAACUAAAAUUUGUUGGUGCUAAUGAGAUUAUGAAGGAUGGGACAUGGCGACCACAGCCAUUUUUGUGUAAAUCGAAAACAAGCCAACUGACUUUUGUUCAAAUAUGUUUCCGUAUAGAAACGAGUAUGCUCCAAAUACAAACGAGCUAUAAA